GUCCUCCGCCUGUGAAACGAAAACUCCGCGUAAUCAGCCCAUUCCUCGCCCUCCUCCUCUCCGCAUCAAUCGAUUCCAGCACAGCAUCAUGGCCUCCUCGAUCCGACCCGCGGGCCGCAUUCUCGCGCGUGCAUCGCGCACUUCCCUGCUCUCCCUCGAAUCCCCGGUCACUCGAACUCUUGCACGCCCAACCUUCUUCUCCGUGGGCCCCGAACAAGCCGCCCGCACGCGCAGCAGCAAUGGCAUCACGACCCUCCGCCGCGCAUUUUCAACCUCCCCGACUCACUGCAAAGCGCCGAGCAUGGGCCAGCUCAAGGCCCGGAACUCCACGGGCCCGUUCUCGUGGAAGUCGGCGCUCCUGUUCGUGCUGACGGGCGGCGGCAUGAUCAUCUAUUUCCGGGUGGAGAAGGAACGGUUGGAGCGCAAGCGCAUCGCGGAGCUGAGCAAGGGAGUGGGCAAGCCGAAGGUCGGGGGUCCAUUCACGUUGAAGGAUCUGGAUGGGAAGGAGUUUACGGCGGAGGAUUUGAAGGGAAAGUAUAGUUUUGUGUACUUUGGAUUCACGCACUGUCCGGAUAUCUGCCCGGACGAGCUGGACAAGAUGGCCGAGAUCAUUGACAAGGUCAACGAAGCGACGGGCGGCGAGAAGAUCUUCCUGCCGGUUUUCAUCACUUGCGACCCGGUCCGCGAUACGCCCGAGGUCUUGCGCGAGUACCUCAAGGAGUUCCACCCGGGCAUUAUCGGGUUGACGGGCACGUACGAGCAGGUCAAGAAUGUGUGCAAGCAGUACCGGGUGUACUUUAGUACUCCGCGGGACGUCAAGCCGGGAGAGGAUUACCUGGUGGAUCACAGUAUCUACUUUUACCUGAUGGAUCCUGACAACGACUUUGUGGAGUGUAUUGGACGCCAGGACACGCCUGAUUCCGCUACGCGGACCAUCAUGGAGCACAUCAACGACUGGAAGCGCGAGGGCAAGCCUUUGCGGAAGGAUUAAUGGGAUUGUGCUUGAUUCUUGGGGGCCGGGGGGCCGG